AUGACCUCCGUCGUGCACAACGAUACCUACCCAGCCAUCGACUCCGCCAAGGCCGAUCUGAGCGGCAAACAUGUCUUCUUCAGCGGCGCCUCCAAGGGCCUAGGCAAAGCGAUGAGCAUCUCUUUCGCCAAAGCCGGCGCAUCCAUGAUCGCCAUCGGCGCCAGGUCCGACCUGCCAGGCACAGCCAAGAAGAUGGAGGAAGCGGCGACAGCACUCGGUAAACCGGCUCCCAAGAUCUUGCUCCUGCAGUUGGAUGUUACAGAUACCAAGAGUGCCGAAAAUGCCGCGGCACAGGUGAAGAAGGCUUUCGGCAGGCUUGACAUCGUCAUCAACAAUGCCGGCAUAGUCACAUAUGGUAAGAUUGUCGACAGCGACCCGGACGAGUGGAUGCGGGUGUUUGAUGUCAACCUCAAGGGUCCGUACCUCGUCCUACGGUCCUUUAUCCCUCUGCUGCUAGAAGGAGGCGAUAAAACGGCCAUCACCGUCUCCAGUGUCGGGGCGCAUAUAAUUCUUCCGGGAUACAGCGCGUACCAGACAUCUAAGUUGGCCGAGUUGCGGCUUUGCGAGUUCGUGAAUCAACUUUUUGUGGAAACCGCUGAGCUGAGCGGAGACUCUUUGGUGUACUUGACAUCCGAGAAGCGCAACUGGUUGGCUGGUCGCUAUGUGAAUGUCACAUGGGAUCUUCCGGAGCUGAUGACCAAGGAAGCUGAAAUUGUCAAGGAUAAUAAGUUGGUGGUUCGACUGGUCGUCUGA